AUGGCAACGUGCCCGCCCGAGCCGUUCCCGGAACUGACGUCCGAAAUCCCUUUUGGGUACAGCAAUGUCAAGGGUGCAGACAUCGGAUCCGGCCAGCGGACGUGGGAGCUCUCCAAGGCAGACCUGAACACUCUGCUGGCCCUCAGCGCCAAGCUCAACCUCGACGGUGAAAUCACACCCGUGAUGGCAUGGGGCAUGGUGCUGGCACACCCGCGCCUGGCCGAACUCACAGAAAAGGACUUUCAACGCUUGACUGAGGAGCUGAGCAGCAAGGUCCGCUGCUACGGUUUCGGUGCCGUAAUGGAAGAGUUCGAGGUCCGUGAUGCGAUGGAGAAUGUCAUGCCUACGAAGCCUGACGCUUAUGUGUCAGAUAAGUAUAGCUAUGCCGUGGCCUUCUAA